AUGGCCCGAGAGUUGCAGGCCGAGUUAAGCCCUAUGGCCGAGUGGGCACAAAGUGGGAGCAAGGCUUCGGUCGAUGCUUUGAUGAACAGCUGGUGCACCCGGCUGGAGAGCCUUGGCUCUCUGUCGUUAGGGCAAGCCAUGCAGAUGAAGCAGACGAUCCAGGAUCUGAGCUUCGAGAGCACCCUGUCAGAACGGUUGCUUGAAAAAGUUGAAGCCAAAGUUCUGGCAACGGCCACGGCUGCAACACCGCCGCCAGAUACUACAUAUACGCCUCACAAGCGAAAGGAGGAAAGCAAGCCGCAGACCUUGCUGAAGCCGGAAAACUUCAUCACGGUCACUGAGUGGUCUAUGCUGGAAAAGUCGCCAGCACCGGCAAGGCUGGAAAUCCUUCUGAAAAGGUAUCUGCAGCUGGGCCUGAGGAACCUCACAGAACAGACGGUCAAGAAAGGCCUGGCCUUCCUCUUGGCACUGGCAGCCGGCGAGCUCAGUCAGAUGCCGACAUAUGAAGAGAUCUACGAAGAGGUCCAGGUCUUCAAGAGAUCUUGGGAAUCCGUGAAAACGGAUGCAGAGCCGACUGAGGUCGGCCUGCUCACGUAUCCCGAUGACCCCAGCAGCUUGCCGAAGGCUCUGUUCGACCGAGCCUACAAGGCUGAGGACCCGCCCAUGGGCAAAGACGUGAGGGCUGGGAUCUGGCUAGCUCACAUUCCGAUGCGAUCUACUUCCAAGCUCUUGCAGAAGAACAAGAAGCAGAGGCUGCCGAGGCCAGAUGGCCAGGCCGCCGUGUCUGAGCAGCAUGCGAACGAGUUCCAGAGCCGCAUGGAGCAGUGCUUCGGGCGACUGGAAAGAAUGCUGGACCAGGGCUGCGGUCAGAAUGCCAUCCAGGAUGGUGGGCGAAGGGAGCUGCAGCUUGCUGCAGGCGCAAGAGGCGAGCUGAGCAGCAGCAGUGCGGGGGUCGGCUUUGCUCUGGGCAACCCAGCCCAGCCGGUUUCGGCUGCGACACAGCAGACCUCGCCAGGGCGACAGUCGGCCUUGCAGCUAGCCCUGCCUCCAGCCGAAGAACCCGAAGCAACGGAGUCGCUCCCUGCCGAGAACGAUCUCGAGGACGAAGCUUUGUUCAAGAAGCUCAAAGAUCGCAAAGCUGGGAUUCUGAAGAAGCCGGCCGCUGCAGCUGCAGCGAGCUCGCAUGGAAAGCGGAAGUUCCAAAUUGUCUGGGAGGACGGCUGCAUCCAGAAGAACUAUGCUUCUCGCAUGUACAAGCGAGCCGGAACGUGGGCAAAGCACCAAGGCUUCUCGGAGCAGCAAGUGGUAGAGUGCCAGCGAGAGGCCCACAGAGAGGCCAUUCUGCUGUGGAAGAAGAAGAACGGACCAUGCACGGAAUGCGGUGCCCCCAGCUGCUGCAGAGUGAAAAAUGCACACCAGAACCACUGGUGUGCAAAAUGCACAAUCAAGUGGUACAACGAGAGGGAUGUCCGUCGCAGCAACUACAGAAGGGCAUGGAGGGAGUACGAAUAUAUGAAUAUCGUGGAGUCCGGGGACGAGCAUGCUCUCCCUACCGUGCCCGAGCAGUCCUCUCCAGAGUAUGAAGGAGACCACCAUGGUGAAGAAGAGGAGCAUGCAGAGGAGGAGCAUGCAGAGGAAGAUGAGUGCUUGGUCUCAUUGCCGAUAGCACUUUCUUGUGUUGUCGUGCUUCUGCCUGUCAUCCCAUGGGCUUUCAUGGAGCAGUCUGGCAUUGCUCCGGCGUCCGUCUUGUGGCCGACGUUCGGAGCAUUUGCCUUCGUUUUCUUUUACUUCAGCAUCGUGACGUUUCGUGCUUACUUCCGGUCCCUGCGCGAGCUCGAGACAAUGCGGCACCAGUUCACCGUCAAGGACACCUUAUGCUGGUGCUGCAGCAUUGACCACAAAGCGCCUAACGGUUCGGAGAUGGCCUGCGAUCGGCAGAUCGUUUUUCAGUGCAUCACAACGUGGUUUGGCAGUCUCAGCAACUUCGACACCCAAGUCAGGGAGCAGGUUGCGAGAUGUUUGGAUGAACAGUUGACGAGAGAGGUCUUUACCUAUCGGCAAUGUGCGGCAUCCGCGAUGCCUGUGCUUUGGCACUUUCUGGACCAAGCGGCGACUGUUGCCUACUACCACCCAGACCUUGCGGAAAGAAGCAGGAGUUUCUACGCAGUUCUCAGAGAAUUAGUUCGCGGCCUUGGCUGGUCCUGCGGCGUGUUCCCCACGCUCUUCUUCGUGGCUGUCAGGCUUGCAGAGAUUGUGCCGAGCCGAUGUGGCAGCAGGCUGGCUGAGAUCUUCAUCAACUGUGCGAUUAUCGGAGCUGUAUUCCUGCUUAUGGUCGGGGCUCUGAACUUUGAGCGCUAUUGCUGGGACCUACCUAUUUAUGAGAUGGACAACUACGGGCCCUACGAGCUGUUUCCUGGGUCUGCCGUAUUUUCACUGUCCACGGUGUCGCUGGCCGUGCUUCUCUUCUCCUGCAGGCGAUUUGUCGUCUUUCUGCAUCAGUUGCAGAAGCCAUCCAAUGCUGACGUUAAGGAGAAUGGUCACGAGCUGAAUGGUCACGAGCUUGGUGCCCAUGGAACAAUAAUUGAGCUUUGA